UAUCCUAAUUUCCCCCCAGUCCUGACAGCAUCAGCGGAGAAGGACCUAGCGCUGUCGUGCCACGAGCUGGCGGCGCGCACGGAGGCGGGGCGGCUGUGCGGGCGGCGCCGGGCCCACGAGGGGCGCGGGUACGGCAGCUUCCGCGGCGUCCCGUAUGGCGCGCCGCCGGUGGGGGAGCGCCGGUUUAAGGAAUUGGAGCCCCCACAGCCGUGGGAGGGCUACCUGGACGCGCGGCACGAGGGCCCCGUCUGCCCUCAACACGACACCUUCUACGGCUCCAUCAUGAGGCCACUGGGCAUGGACGAAGACUGCAUCACCGUCAACGUCCACACGCCCAUAGAAGCCCUCCCGAUACUGUCCGGUAGUGAGCAAGAUUUUGAGUACCAGACUAGGAGGAGAAGGGAGGCUGGGAAGCUGGUCCCGGUAUUUGUGUUCAUCCAUGGAGGAGGAUUCUCGUUUGGUUCUGGAGACUCUGAUGUGCAUGGUCCGGAGUAUUUGAUAACUAAAGGGAUUAUGGUUGUCACGUUUAAUUAUAGACUGGGUCCCCUAGGCUUCCUGGCGCUGAACACGAGCCAGGCUCCAGGCAACGCCGGUCUCCGAGACAUGGUGACUCUGCUGCGCUGGGUGCGGCGCAACGCGGCUCACUUCGGUGGAGACAACACGAAUGUGACCCUGGGAGGGCACGGCGCGGGGGCGUCGGCUGCCCACCUGCUGUCGAUGGCUAAGCAGACUGACGGGCUGUUUCAUAGAGUGAUCCUAAUGAGCGGUGUAGCGUACCCCGCCUUCUUCACGACCUCGAGGGUCUACUCCGACGUGCUGGCCUACUCCUACCUCUCCCUGCUCGGCAUCCGGACCGAGGACCCCGAGGUCAUCCAGCGAGACAUCACCGCGGCCUCAGUCAGCCGGUCACUAGCCGUCACUAAAAUACUCCAGGAAAUGACGUUACUCGGGUCUUUCUACCCCAUUGUUGAGAAGAAGAUCGAAGGAGUCACCAGACUGGUUGAUAAAGACCCUGAUGUGCUACUCGGGAAAGGCAGAGGCAAAGACCUUCCUAUGCUGAUUGGGUUUACAGCGGCAGAAUGCGAGACUUUCAAGCCCAACUUCAUCGAAAGCGACAUCGUCUACAAAGUCCCCGAUACUCUAAUCCUGACCGUGCCUAUUUGUGCAUUAUUCAUGAGCAGUCCAUCUGAGAUCUUUAAGAAGAACGAUACUUUGGUAAAGAAAUACAUGCUGGACAAGCCACGGCUGCUAGGUCUCAUCCAGUUGUGUUCAGAAUCGCUUUACAGCUACCCAGCGCUUUACACGGCUUUGAGACGCGCUGAGAUGAAUGCAGCUGACACGUAUGUGUACAAGUUUGAGUACGAGGGUUCCACCAGACCGCUGGAGCGUCCCGGGUUUCCGCUGAAUGGGGUUGGACAUGGGGAGGACUUGCUAUACGUGUUUAAACCCAACUCCAAGGCCACCGUGCCGUGGGCGCCUCAAGAUAAGAGGAUGAGGGAGUGGAUGCUCAAUUUCUUCGCGCAUUUCAUUAAGGAUGGCCGGCCGACACCGAACCCGGGCCACUGGCCGCCGCUGACACAGGACUCGGUCAGGUACCAGCACGUGACGGAGCCGAGGUACCGCAUGCAGUCGCUGACGGAGCGGGAGGAAGCCAUGAUUACGUUCUACGAUGAGCUGUAUAUGUAA